ACACAGAUGGAGAAAAACAUAACCAGUUGACAAGUCCAGGAGAGUUUAUGAUAGAAAUGGGAUGUUGAUAUUUUUGGUUAUGGUAUGUUGUGUUUGGCGAGCGAGAUGUGUGUUUAUCACAUGGUUGUGAUUUCCAACAAUAAAAAACAAUUUGGUAGAAUAUUAUAAAUUAAGUAAUAUUCUAAAACGGUGUUGUUGCAGUUGCUGUCCAGUGAAUGGGAUGUUAUUAAAUAUUAUUUAGAUAUUUAAUGCCGAUCAAGUGUUCGAUAUUAUGACUCAGUGUGACGGGUACAUUUCCUCAGGAAGCCUGGAAAAAGAUUUGCUGUCCGUAGCUACACAAAAAGAGAAAUUGAAGUGGAUGAAAUUGACAGGUGAAAUGUUAGAUGUCGAUUAUACCGUUUUAUUUCCGAAACCUUUGUCGGAAACAUUAAUGGAUAGACUGGAACAAAUUGUCGAAUAUUACACUGGUGAUCUUACAAAAGUAAAAGUGUUUGGAAAAUGGCAUCAAAUUCCACGCCAACAAGUUGCUUAUGGCGAUACAGGACUAAAAUAUACUUUUUCUGGAACAACUAUACCAGCAAAACCUUGGUUUCCUCUACUUGAAUUAGUAAAAAAUGUUGUUGAAGAAAUUUCAAGAUGUCAGUUCAAUUUUGUAUUGAUUAACAAAUACAGAAAUGGUUGUGAUAAUAUAGGACCACACAGAGAUGACGAAAAAGAAAUUGAUAAAAAUACUCCUAUUGCCUCACUCUCAUUAGGACAACAAAGAACGUUUGUUUUUACGCAUAGAGAUGCGCGACUUAAAGGAAAAUUAAAACGAUCAAUUGCCCCAGUAAAAAUAGAAUUGGAACCAGGCAGCUUAUUGCUAAUGAAUUCUCCAACCAACGAGGUCUGGUACCACUCACUGCCACCAAGAAAAUCGCUCCACAGCCCAAGAAUCAACUUAACCUUUCGAAAAAUUAAUUCUUAAUAUUUUUUUCUUCGAAUGAAAUAAUUCUAAUUAGUUUUAUGUUAUUGUUUAUUUAUUGUAGUUUUAAUUUAUUUUUAACUUAAUAAGUAUUUGGUAGUUUUACCGCAUGCAAUGUAAACUCACCGGCCAAAAAAAUCGGCCACUAAAAACUAGUCCCACUUUCAAAGUUGGAUUUCUCGCGAACCACUCAUUAGAUUUUGAUGAUUUUUUUUUAAAUUCUAAAUUAAUUCCUUCUUAACGGAUGCUACGUCAGAAAUUUUUAUUCCGAAUUUAUUUUGAGCAUAUACUUCUUCUUCUUAGUGUGCCGUAUUCAUUUAAUGAAUGUUGGCGACAAUUCUGGCAAAUUCGUCUCGAUCUUGGGCGACUCUAAAGAGUGAAUGGGCAUCGAGACCAGUCCAGUCUCUGAUGUUCUUAAGCCAAGAAUACUUCUUUCUUCCGAUGCCACGUUUUCCUUCAAUCUUCCCCUCCAUAAUCAGUUUCAGGAAUUGAUAUUUGGUGUUUCUAAAUAUGUGGCCCAAGUAAGCUGUUUUCC